CAUAGAGUCGUGGUCCUCCAGGGCCACCAGAGAGGCCGCGGCGGGGCCCGGGGACGACGAGCGGGGCGGGGCCGGGCCGCGCUCGCAGGUUGACUUGCCCGCGCCCCGUGUCCGGCUGCACCGCUCCGCGGAAACCCCGCGUUCUUCCUUCCCCCGCCGCGCCGCGCUGCGCCGCGCCUUCCUGCUCCUCUGUGGGACACAGUGGGGAUGGCGACAGCAGUCCCUGCUCAGCUCUGGGAGGCCUUCGAGGACGUGGCACUAUACUUCACCCGUAAGGAAUGGGAGCAGCUGCAAGAUGGAGACAAGAUGCUUUACCGAGAGCAAAUGCUGAGGAAUUACCAAGCUCUUGUUUCCUUGGGAUAUCAAGGUCCCACACCAGACUUAAUCGGCCGCAUUCAGCAAGGGGAGGUAGAGCUCUGGGUCUAUGAUGAUGAGGAACCUGGAGAAUGUAUAUGUUCUGAGGGCCUGUCUCCAGCACAUACUGGGAUGGUGAGCAGAGCGGACCAGUGGCCUCCUGAGGAAGAUCCUGCAAAUCUGGAGGUGGUUUCAACCAGGAACCAGCUACCUAUGGCAUGGGAACAGAGAGCAGCUGAGCUCCAAAAGAGUCUGACAUGUAGGGAAGGAUUCAAGAGACAGAGAGACUCCAGGAGCUAUGAGAGCAGGACUCGCAGAGGCGAAGUGUUGUAUAUAUGUGGAGAGUGUGGUGAGAGCUUUGGGGACCAACAGGAGCUGAGGGUGCACCGGGAGACCCACAAGAGGGAGAUGGUCCACCCCUGCACGGAGUGUGGGAAGAGCUUCCGUUAUAAAUCCUGUCUCAUCAAACACCAGAGAAUGCACUCGGGGAAGGGCCCCCACCUCUGCCUUCAUUGUGGGAAGAGCUUCAUCCAGCUGUCUGGCUUCCAAGUGCACUGUCAUAUGCACUCUGGGGAAAAGAUGUACCCAUGUACUGAUUGCGGGAAGCGCUUCAACAACCCAUCCCACCUCCAAGUACACCAGCGUAUCCACACCGGGGAGAAGCCGUACCGCUGUGGCGACUGUGGGAGGAGCUUCACACAGAGCUCUGCUCUCACCACACACCAGCGCGUCCACACUGGGGAGAAGCCAUAUCAUUGCCCCGAGUGUGGAAAAAGCUUCCGGCAGAGCUCUGCUCUAGCCCAGCACCAGUAUGUCCACACUGGAGAGAAGCCCUACUGCUGCCCUGAGUGUGGGAAAAGCUUCAACCACCCAUCCCACCUGCGAGUCCACCGGCGCCUCCACACGGGGGAGAAGCCACACCUCUGCCCUGUAUGUGGGAGGAGUUUCAGUGAUCCAUCCUAUCUCCGAGUCCACCUGCGCACGCACACAGGGGAGAAACCGUACCACUGCCCAGAGUGUGGGAAGAGCUUUGCCCGCCCGGAUCUGCUUCGUGUCCAUGUGCUCACACACACAGGGAAGAAGCCAUAUAGCUGUGCCCAGUGUGGGAAAAGUUUCACCCGCCCAGCCUUCCUCCGAGCCCACUUGCACGUCCACAGUGGAGAGAAGCCAUACCGGUGUUCCGAGUGUGGGAAGAGCUUCCAUGAUCCAUCUCACCUCCGGCUCCAUGGGCGCAUACACACAGGGGAGAAGCCAUAUCACUGUGUAGAAUGUGGGAAGAGCUUCAACAGCCCGUCCCACCUCCGUGUCCACCAGUACGUUCACACUGGGGAGAAGCCAUACAGCUGUGCUGAGUGUGGGAAGAACUUUGGCAGCCCGUCCUAUCUCCGUGUGCACCAGCGCAUCCACACUGGAGAGAAGCCAUGCCACUGUGCCAAAUGUGGGAUGAGCUUCAGGGAUCACUCAGCUCUUAACAAGCACCAGCGAACCCACAGACCAGACCCUGGCCCUUCAACAGGGGCCAGUUUCUGCCAGCUCUUGCCUCAUCCUCUUCCCCACAGCCUGUACCCCGAACUGGGGGUGGGAGAAAUGUCCUGAAAUGGCCCCCACCUCCCCAUUCACCAGACACUGGGUUUGCAUGGCCCUGGGCACAGGGAUGUUCUGUCAGCAAUCGAGGACCCAAUAGUGGGGUUAAUGAACUGAAGCUAGGAUACAGGAGAUGACUGGGCUCAAGGAUACACUUCAGGAGCUCUGGUUUCUCUCAGCUCUGUUAUCCAUAUUUCAACAUCCAAAGACCCUUCUUCAAGUCCCACUACUGCAGGGUUGAGGAAGAGGAGGAACAAGACAGAUUUUAUUCACUUUCAUUUGGCUGAUCAAGCCACUACUCUUCAAGUUGUGUCCAUAUUAAUGCUAUGGUCCUUUUCACUGUGUAGUAGUCCUCCUCUCAGUGGUCUGUUACUGUGUGGUAAUGCCGUGCUCUAUCAGGCUUUCUUGUGGAAGGAUCUUAGGUGGGAACCAUAAGAUUAAAGUGCGGGUGAUCUUUCUUACCCAAUUUAAUUUAACUGCAAGAUAGAUUAAGGGGGAGGUGGGGGUAAGGCUGCCUUGAGGCUGAAGUAAGAGAAGGAGAAAACUUUCCCACAGUAACUGUGUUCUGCCAGAGCGUGAGAAUCUCUCCAGCAAACACCAUCCCAGGAGCCAACUGCAAAGAGCAUGGAGCCAUUCAGAUAGUAGUGUGCACAGCCCACACAUCUUUCCCCUUCCCCUCCCCCAAAGGGUUCAAGGUGAUGUAGUUCUCUGAACAGACUCAGGUGCCCACUUUGUGGGGGAGGGGGACAUGAACAUGAAUAAGAGCCAUUGCCACUGGUGUAUUUGGGAUAAUUGCUGGUUUUGUGGACAUAAUUAUGGUAGUCUGGGAAGGUUUUGCAUAUGGUGGUUUGUAGGGUGCCAUCCAAGAUAUGAAUUGUGAUUAUCUAGAAAGUUGAUAUUUAUUAAUGUAAAAAUAUUCUGGUGCAAGUUUGAUCAAGGGGUGUUAGUUGUUGAACCUAUAGUGGAAAUCAGUGAGUCCAACUGUUCGAUUCAGGUGAUGAAAAUCAUUUAUGUUUACCUGGUUAAGAGUGCAGUUUCGAUUGUUGAAAAUGAAGCUGCUCUGCGUGAGGAUUAAAUGGACAUGAAGUUGCAGAUCUAACUAGUCUGUUUUCUUGUAGAUAUUUCAGGCAGGCAGCUGUGUCUUCAUGGUGUGGAAUAUUAGUGUACAGGGUGCUGACAUCCAUGGGUGCAAGUAUGGCCUUCUCAGGAAGGUAGAUGAUAAUCUCAGUUUUGUUGAGGAAGUCUGUUGUCUUGCAGAAAAGUUGCUCUUUGGGUGACAAGUGGUUUUAGGAUAGUUUCUGUGAACUCUGCUACUCCUCAGUAAGGGUACCACGGUUGGAUCAUAUAAUGGUCUACCAAAGUCAUCUUAUUCGUGGAUUUUUAGGAGUAUAUAGAAAGCUUGUGGAGGUGGAGAGUGGGGGAUAAGUGGAAGUAGUUUUUCCUUAAACUGGCACAGAAAGGGUUUAAUAAUACUCUCCAGUUCCAGAGUAAAUACUGGUGGGAGAACCUCCUGAAGUUCUUCAUAGUAGCUGGUGUUACAGCUUUGUCCGAUGGUUUGAUUUACUAUUUCAGUGUUGGAUCUUAGGGACUAUAUAACCUUUCUUUCUGAGAGAGAGAGAGAGAGAGAGAGGUUAUCGCUGUCCUGGCUUUUCUUCAGGAUUUGCUGUUAGCUUUCUUCCUGAAACAGUCAGUGAAAUAGUCCAGCAUGUGAUUCGCUCUGCUGGGAAGUGUUUAAUCCAAUGUGAUUUUGUUGUUGUUGUUUGUUUUUAUCUGUUGUGGCAAGAAAGUUGUCAGAGGUGGUUCUGUCGUGGUUGUGGAAGUAUUUUCAGGCAAAGUCUGCAGAACAAUUCUUCUAAUUCUCCAAAUGUUAGUAUCUUGUCAAGUUGUUCCUUUGGGCAGAAGUUCAAGGCCUUUGAAGAGCACAGAUACUUCCAAGUGGGAUGAGGAGGGUGUUAAUGAUGUAGGUGUUCUAGGUGACGCUGUUUUGAUUCUUCCCGGCAUUGCUGGUGUGCUGCCUAUGAGGGCUUCUGUUGUGGUAGCCGAUUCCCCUUUUUGCUUCUUAAGCUGGAUGGCUGUCAUCAGGUAUUUUUGGUGGUAUGUUUGGGUCUGCUGUAUAGUAAUCAUUUAUGUCUCUAGGUUGAUCUGUCUUAAGUAGCAUAAGUAAGUAUUGUUACCAGACUUUAAUAUUAGACUUCAUAAGAAAUCCUAAAAUGCUUAGACAGCAAUAGUUUGUUCUCUGAAGAGAGUCUGAGCACAGCAAUUUGCAAUUUCAAGCAUGCAACAAACAACAGAAAAACUCUGCCUAAGCUAAGACACAGCCCGAUAAGACACAGUAACAACAUACAAUUUAGCUUAACUUCAAAUGUAACAUAAGCCAAAAAGACAACAGAAAGCCUUGCAUAGAUAUUAUGUAAUCCUGAGGGAAGAACGUCUAAUUGCAGCCAAGUUUUUGGAAGGUCUUUCUGGGAAUCGGCAGAUCUGGGCAGGUGAGGAGGAGAUCCCACAGACCUCAUCUUUACCUGGGUUCUUAUAGGUGAUCCAUGCCACCUCCUCUCCGUUUAGUGCCUUGAUAAUAGUAUGCUUUUUACAUCUGCCAUGUAUCACAUACCUCUCAUAACUCACGUGUUCAAUGUCUUUGACUCUUCUCAGGUAUUCCAGCCUCUCACCUCUUAGGUUCCACUUUGAAAUGUAAAUGUAGCUCCCUGCAUGUAGCUUUAGAAUCAGUAAAAAGGUUUGCAAUCAUUAUGAUUGUGCCAGGCCUUUGCUAACAUAUCCUGUUUUAAGUUUAUCCCUUUUAGAGUAGGUUAGAUGAAUAAAAUGUUUUCUCAGUUUUUCUGUGCAGGAGAACCUCAGUUGUGCUGCAUAUAUGGAGUUGUGAGUGUUGGCUAAAAGUUGCAGAUGAGUCUCCUUAGAAUGAUAUUAGGUUUUGUGUAAAGCUUAAGAAAAUGUCAUGCACUCUGCCUUCUCUUUUCUUUAGGUUUUGGAUUUUCUAUGUGAGCAGUAGAUUUCUAUAUUUUCCAUGUUAUGGUGGUGUUAAAGUGAUGAUGUAACCAUAAUGGUCAAGAAAUUAUGUGAGAGGCAAGGAUUUUUGUGGGUGGUAUCUUCUAUUGGACCAGGUGCAUGGUUGAGCUUUCCCCCCAGACCUGAAAAAGAAUGCCGUGUAUUUGAAAGCUUGUCCCAAGUCUUUAGGGAAGACUUUAUCAUUGCCUGCCACCUCUUGCCUCCUGGGAUUGCUGCUUGGCAUAACUGCUGCUCCACCGCUCAGUGGUCAUGCCACCCCAUUGCUCCACAGCCUGGAUCAGUGUGGAGGUCAUGUCACUUGCUGCUAUCACCACUACCACAGCUUUGGGGAUCGCAACCUCAGGUUUGCCAACACUGCUGCUGUUCUCGGGAGCACCACUGGACUUGCCUCCUGAUUCAGAGGAUCGUUGCUAGGUUAGCUGCCCUGUGGCCACCACGGCUGUCACUGCAUCACACAGGGGAGUUCUGCUUUUGGGACCACAGCCGCCAACCUGUGGAGCAAUGCUAAGAUGUAGCCUUUUGAAGUCACUGCUCUGCUGCUUGCUUUGAGGAGUGCUGCAUGGGGUUGUCACUUGUGCUGCUCACCACUCUGGGUUGUUGUCUGCUGUUGCUUUGUAAGUGCUUCUGGGAUCUCUAGCUGCUGGUACAGAGAGCACCCUUUCUGAGAUGUUAGCUCUUGGUCUCAGUGUCACAAUUCAGUUGUCUAUUACUAUUGAAGGUCUUACCAGCCUCAGUAAGAAUGCCUUCAAAGGAGGACUCCACAGUGCAGUCUCCUUGGGCUCUCUCCCUUUAAAAAAAAAAAUCAUGUGUUGUUGGACUCAACUCAGGGUACAGUGUGUUCUCACAUCCCCAUGAUUCCUAUGCAGCUGAGAUCAGGAUAUGCACAUGCUGACUGACCCUGAGAUGAGGAUUCCCCUUGUACAGAUCCUACAUGAGAAACCUGCUAGGGCGCCCACUAGGAGAUGUGCCAGUGCUUGGAAGGAGCUGGGAGAAAUGUGUAGGUGCUUGGGUGGCAAGAACCUUGUGGGAAUUGGGUGCCUGGAUGGGGCCUGGAGAUUUGAUUCCAUUGUGCCCAGUUAAACACUGAACUGGCCUUUUAAGAUGGGGGAAACUCUGCUGCGUAUAUUCUGGGUGCAGAGAAUGAGUGGUGAGGGGGUGGGAAGGAUCAAUGACUGGGAGAGAUAAAAGGGCAGCCUGAGGCUAGACAAAGGGCCAAGGGUGUUGGGAUUAGGGGAUGGGUUGGAACUGGUGGGUAGGCAUGGAUGUGGAUGUUGGGGUUGAGGGGAGUGGGGGUGGAGUAGAGGUUAGGGUUGUAAUAAAGGGGUUAGGAGUUAAGUGUUAGGAUUAGGGUUUCCUCCUGAAUAUUUGGGACCAAUAUAGAAUAUGUAGAUAUUGUAUCCUUUUUAUUAAGUUUAUACCAACAACUUAAUUUUUGCAGUAAUUGCCUAAUUUUCUUUGUAUGUAUGCAUAUACUCUCCAUCUUUGCUGAAUGAACAAAAUCAAAUCUAAGUGUCUUACCAAGACCAGCCACUGGCUGUCACUGCUGCUCCUGGCUGAGCAAGCAGCCCUUUGCAGUACCCGAACCACUGGAUGUUACUGCUGCUCCAUAUAGGGAUUAAAACACAGCCUUUGCUGGCCUCUAAGUGGACCCCAAGCGUCACUGCUGCCCCACAUGGAGGUGAGGAUGUAAUUCACCCUGCCUAGUCUAACUAGAAGUGGUGCAAUCACUAGGAAAAAAUGUUUAUUUAUUAAUUUGCAAUAAAGGGACUGAAUACCAAGGUCAAA